CUAAAGAAGGCAAGCCAACGCUGCUAAGCAACAAAACGUUAGAUUCUUCCGUUAGUUUAAUCAAAACCCAAAACCCCUUUUUUCCUUUCCUUUUUAUACUAAAAUCUCCUGUGGAGAACGACCGCCAAAAACCUGCUCUUUUUGGCCUUGAUUAGAUCACUGGAGCAGGAAAAAACUAGAUUCAGGAACCAAAAUUUUGCUGAGUCAAAGUGAGGGAAUACGAGAGAGAGAGUAUAGUAUGGGAGAGAUAAAGGUGUAGUUUUUGAAGGAAAGUGAAGGGAAUCUUUUUGUGGGUGUUAUGGCAUAUCACAGAAGGAGGAAGCAUUAUUCUCGUCGACGUUAUUUAUCAGCUGCUCGUUGCCCGGAAAAGUUGUUGGAUUCCGAUCAGUCAAUAUGGCAAUGAAACCUGUUUGGUUUCUUCUCUUCUUCUUGCUUCCCUUCCUUGUUUCCUUUGAAUGCUUGAGAGUGCAUGCUUUCACUGGAACUUAUGGAAUAAAUUAUGGAAGGAUUGCAGAUAACAUCCCUUCACCCAAUGAAGUUGUUACACUUCUUCGAGCAGCAAAAAUAAGGAAUGUCCGGAUAUAUGACGCUGAUCACAGUGUCCUGAAGGCUUUUGGUGGGACUGGACUUGAACUUGUGGUUGGACUUCCAAAUGGAUAUUUGAAAGACAUGAGUGCUAAUGAGAGUAAUGCCAUGAAUUGGGUUAAAGAGAAUGUGCAGGCAUUCAUUUCCGAUACAGAUAUUUGCGGGAUUGCUGUUGGAAAUGAAGUUCUGGGAGGGACUGAUAACGAACUGUGGGGACAACUUCUGGGUGCAGUAAAAAAUGUCUACAAUGCCUUAAAAAAGCUUGGCCUCACUAAAGUAGUUCAGAUUACAACGGCUCAUUCACAGGCUGUUUUUGCUAAUUCCUUCCCUCCCUCUGCUUGUGUCUUCAAAGAUGGUGUUGAUCAAUAUAUGAAGCCUCUCUUGGAGUUCUUCUCCGAAAUUGGGUCCCCUUUCUGUUUAAAUGCAUAUCCAUUCCUUGCCUACAUGUCUAACGUGAACGACAUAGAUAUGAAUUAUGCUCUUUUCCAGCCAACUCAGGGGGUCCGUGAUUCAAAAACUGGUCUCCAUUAUGAUAACCUGCUUGAUGCUCAGAUAGAUGCAGCCUAUGCUGCUCUGGAGGAUGCUGGAUUUAAAAAGAUGGAAGUUAUUGUUACGGAGACAGGUUGGGCCUCGCGUGGCGAUAGUAAUGAAGCUGCAGCUACAGUGAAUAAUGCAAGAACUUAUAACUAUAACCUGCGUAAAAGACUAGCAAAGAAGAAAGGAACCCCUAUGAGGCCAAAUAAUGUGGUGAAAGCAUAUAUAUUUGCAACAUUUAAUGAGAAUUCGAAGCCUGGUGCAACUUCUGAGAGGAACUUUGGGUUAUUUAAGGCUAAUGGGAGCAUUGCAUAUGAUAUUGGUUUUCGAGGACUCAAAGCUUCAUCUGCAGGUUCAUUGCGUUUCUCUUUGAAGGCUUUUCGAGCGCUGGAUUGGUGUUCUUCGUAUCCGCUCAUGGUGACAAUCUCUGCGGUGGCACAACUUCUGCUCUUAUGAUGUUGGGUGUUCGUGAGUGCACUAAACCAGCUCAGAAGUUGAAAAUGAUCGAGGCUUGGUACCAUCUCGGCAUCACUUUUCAGAGUACACCCCAUUGAUUCUUGAACUUCAAAUAAACAUUCCUGAAGUUGCUGAUAAAUUUUAUAUAAUCUCAGCAAACGUAUACUACUUUCAAUGGGAAAAAAAAAAACCCUACUUCAUAAAGUAGCGUUUCCCGUUUUCGAUUACAUUUUGAUUUUAAGCCUUUCAAAGGCAAAUUUAUGCGUAGAUAUGGCAUAAUGGAGUUGGUUAUUUAUAGUUUUGCUUUAGAUAUUAAGGGCGAGCAUAAGACUGACAUUUGAAGAAUCCUAGCUAUAUGCAAGAUGAAUUUCUUUCUCUUUUUUUAACUUGUUUUAAUCAUUCUCAUAUUCUGAUGUAUCCUUUUUCUCAGAAUUUGGUGGGUGCUUCAAAUGUUCAAUAAAAAAGUCCACACGUUUAUUGGUAAGAAGAGGAGUUGUUAUUAUUAGUCUGAAAUCUGGAAUGCUUUUUCAAUACUUUGUUGAUGAAACUUCAUGGCAUUAGUGGAAAAAAAGGCAGCCAUGUUUGAACGUUCUCUA